AUUACCUGCGCCCGCGGCGGAGCUGGCAGCGGUGGAUGGAUGGGCGCCGCGUCCGCGGCACUGGCGGCCAGCUCAGCCCCAGGAGUAAACACGGGGCUUCUCCGGCCGAGUGCGCAGUGUGGUGACCGGCACUCGCCUCGCUGACUGAUCGCACCGGAGGGAUAUUUCGGGAGACUCCUGUGGGAAGCUGCUACAGAAAGACAGAAGAUGAAAGCUCCUAUUCCCAACUUGAUUCUCUUGUAUGCUACUCUAACUCAGAGCUUGAAGGUUGUGACCAAAAGGGGAUCAGCUGAUGGAUGCACUGACUGGUCUGUGGAUUACAAGAAAUAUCAAGUUCUAGUAGGAGAACCUGUUCGUAUAAAAUGUGCACUCUUUUAUGGAUAUAUUAGAGCUAAUUACUCCUUAGCCCAAAGUGCUGGACUUAGUUUGAUGUGGUACAAAAGCUCUGGACCUGGAGAUUUUGAGGAACCUAUAGCUUUUGAUGGAACUAGAAUGAGCAAAGAAGAAGACUCCAUUUGGUUCCGACCGACAGUGGUGCAAGACAGCGGACUCUAUGCAUGUGUUAUAAGAAACUCAACUUACUGUAUGAAAGUGUCCAUUUCACUGACGGUGGGUGAGAAUGACACUGGACUCUGCUACAAUUCAAAGAUGAAAUAUUUUGAAAAAGCUGAACUUAGCAAAAGCAAGGAAAUCUCAUGCCCUGAAAUUGAGGAUUUUUUAUUUCCAUUUAGGGAGCCUGAAAUUCUUUGGUAUAAGGAAUGCAAGUCAAAGACUUGGAGAUCAAGUAUUGUGUUUAAAAAGGAUACUCUUGUCAUUCGGGAAGUUAGAGAGGAUGACAUUGGAAAUUACACUUGUGAGUUAAAAUAUGGAUUCUUUGUUGUCAGAAGAACUACGGAAUUAACAGUUACAGCACCGCUAACAGAUAAACCACCAAAGCUUUUACACCCAUUGGAGAGUAAGCUAACAAUUCAGGAGACCCAGUUAGGUGGUUCUGCUAAUCUAACGUGUCGAGCUUUCUUUGGAUAUAGUGGAGAUGUCAGUCCUUUAAUCUACUGGAUGAAAGGGGAGAAGUUUAUUGAAGAUUUGGAUGAUAGCAGAGUCUGGGAAAGUGACAUCAGGGUUCUCAAGGAACAUCUUGGGGAACAGGAGGUUUCCAUCUCAUUGAUUCUUGAUUCUGUGGAAGAGACAGACCUGGGGAAUUACUCGUGCUAUGUUGAGAAUGGAAACGGACGCCGGCAUGCCAGUAUUCUUCUCCAUAAAAGGGAGCUGAUGUACACAGUUGAGCUUGCUGGUGGGCUCGGUGCUAUUCUGCUGCUGCUUGUUUGUUUAGUGACUAUCUACAAGUGUUACAAGAUAGAGAUUAUGCUGUUCUACAGGAAUCAUUUUGGAGCUGAAGAACUAGAUGGAGACAACAAAGACUACGAUGCAUAUCUAUCUUAUACCAAAGUGGAUCCUGACCAGUGGAAUCAAGAAACUGGAGAAGAAGAAAGAUUCGCUCUUGAGAUCCUACCAGAUAUGCUUGAAAAGCAUUAUGGAUACAAGUUAUUCAUACCAGACCGAGAUUUGAUUCCCACAGGAACCUACAUUGAAGAUGUGGCAAGAUGUGUAGACCAAAGCAAGCGACUGAUCAUCGUCAUGACUCCAAAUUACGUGGUAAGAAGAGGCUGGAGCAUCUUUGAACUGGAAACGAGGCUUCGAAACAUGUUAGUCACGGGCGAAAUCAAAGUGAUAUUGAUUGAAUGCAGUGAACUACGAGGAGUUAUGAACUACCAGGAGGUUGAGGCCCUAAAACACACCAUCAAGCUCCUCACUGUCAUUAAAUGGCAUGGACCAAAAUGCAACAAGUUGAAUUCUAAGUUCUGGAAACGUUUACAGUACGAAAUGCCUUUUAAGAGGAUUGAACCCAUCACACACGAGCAGGUUUUAGAUGUCAGUGAGCAGGGGCCCUUUGGGGAACUGCAGACAGUCUCUGCAAUUUCCAUGGCUGCUGCCACCUCCACUGCUCUUGCCACUGCCCAUCCAGACCUGCGCUCCACCUUUCAUAACACAUACCAUUCACAGUUGCGCCAGAAACACUAUUAUCGAAGCUAUGAAUACGAUGUACCUCCUACCGGCACCCUGCCACUUACCUCAAUAGGUAACCAGCACACCUACUGUAACAUCCCUAUGACACUUAUAAAUGGGCAGCGGCCGCAGACAAAAACUAACAGGGAGCAGAAUCCAGAAGAGGCUCACACAAACAGUGCGAUACUGCCCCUCUUGCCACGGGAGACCAGUAUAUCAAGUGUCAUUUGGUGACCGAAAUGCAAGGGGACAUGAACCCCCUUGAGUAGAAGCUGAGUCUGCAGUCCAGUGCCUGGAACUACAUCCUCGACUGCUGCUGUUAAACAUGCAUUACAAUCGAUAACAUACGAGGAAAAACAGGGUCUUGUACAUAUGUUUUUUGCAAUUUCUUUGUAGCAUCAGUCUUCCUGUUUUACCCAUGUCUCUUCCCAUUCGCAUUUUCAACUUUGUUUUAUAUGUCAUUGGAAUUUGUAUAUUUACAUUUUUUAAAAUGAAGACACUGCUGUAUAGAUAGGAAACAUUUUUGCUUCAUUAGUAUAGUUUUAGACUUUUUGUUUGUUUGUUUUUAACCUCUCUUGGGAAUGCUUGGACAAAGCUAUGUUGAUAUCAGAAGCACCAUCCAUUUUGUUGGCCUGCCUAGCCUGAUUCCUGAAGGCCAUGCCUGCUGCAGUUCACCUCUUUUGGAGAAUAUUUGUUCUUAGAAGGACACCAUCCCUCACUGAGAACUCCAGUUUCAUUUCUACUCCCAUAAUGUGCACUGCUCCUUCCCUGCCUUUACAAUGACCCCCGUUUGGGGUAACACUACAGUCUGAUCGUCUAACAUGUAACUUGGUAGAUACCUGUCAAACAACACAAUAUACCCAAUCUGUAUCGGUUGCUUCACAGUAGUCACUACAGAGUGUGUAGAAACUAGAGAUGGUUUGGUUUUUGCUUUCUUGGGUUUGGGAUUUUUUUUUUUUUUUAAUUAUCAAUUUAAAGAUGAGUUGAUUGUAUGUCUUUUAUAAAUAUAAAAGCAAACCGUAUUUUUAACACUUCCUGGAAAAGUAUUAAUGUGGUUGUGGAUUUUAUUUUUAAGCAUUUCACUUUUUCCCUUCCCCCGUUUCAAAAUCUUGCAAAUAAGAUCAUUUACAAUUGUCAGGCAAGUAAGACAAGUGAGGCAAUAGACAAUGAAGUGCAGUGUCCAGCUGAUAUUUACAGUGAUGACUUCCAAACCAAAGGGGAAUAAAAAGACAAUAUUGUAGAUGGUUUGUCACUUUGUAUUAUAGAAAGUGUUCUUUUCUAAAAGAGUAAGAGCAAAACAUUAUUUUGCUGUGGAUUACAGAGUCCCCUUGUAUUUUAAUGUUCCAAAAACUGUAUGUGCUUUAAAAUGAUAUAUUCAGGAUUAAGAAAUCUUCUUUCAUUUGUUUUUAGCUUGUAAUGAUAAGUAAAACUUCAUUAAUUUCAACAUUAUUUCGAUAAGAACUCAGGCAGAAAAAAAUGACAUGAAUACCAACAAAUAUAAUUGUUUUCAGAAUAAACUUUAUUUAUACAAAAUUAAUAUUUAAAUCAGACCUGGAAGUAUUAAAAACAAUUUAUUCACUUUAAUGAAUAAAUAAAUUAGUUUUAUUUUUUAUGUAUGAUUCUAUCUCUGAGAAGUUGCAAAUAAUGCAUGUACCAUGGCUGCCAGGGAAUUAAAAAAAAACCCACUAUGUUUACAUCUGGACAUCUUUAAGACAAAUGAAAUAAGCAUCUUACUCAUAUUUAUGUUUUAAAUAAUGGAAAAGUAUUUUCUGGUUUUAGAAAGAGAGAGGAGCGGUGUUGUAGCUCUACAACAUACUCAGGCCAAGCUCUCUGCUAGUCUCUGCUAGCAGAAGCAGAGGAGCUGGGGCAGUUACUGGAUGCAGAGCACUGUCAUGUAGUCAUGGGUUUGAUUUACCCUGGCAGAAAUGUAAGUGGUAUGCUGGCAAACAGACCUUACAAUCUAUUUAUGUAAUUAAUUAGCUUUAGGUAUUUUUAUGGUAGCUGAAUGAUAUUGGCCAAUGUAAUGGAUGUGUGGGAUUCGUUCAUCCUGAUUGUCACAAUAAGAAAAGUACAAUUUAUAUUAUUUUGGUCUUCUUAAUGAGAAGUGAUGGGUAGAGAGUGGGUAAACUGCAGUUUGGGGGAUCAUUGUGGGAGUAAUCCCUAACUGACAGCUUGGGAGGAAAUGGCUAUGCUCCUGUUGUGGAAGUCAAGCAAUCUCAGUAUCUGCAGAAAAAGCUAAUAGAGAUUUGGGAUGUGCAUUGAUUUUUAUUUGCUUAAAAAUGUUUAUUUCUCUGACAAGUUGCUCAAGUCCUUUUCUACAAUCUGUUCUUUACUACGGUGUCUCCCUCUGGACAUGUGCCAAACUUCUACAAAAAUGGAAAUGAAGCUUCCAGGCCACACAAAAAUUUAAGAGAGCUUUGCACGUUUGGUUAUUUUCAUAGUGUAAGAAACUUAAUAUUUAUUUGUUCUUACAGACACUUGUCAGGCACGGAUGGCAUUUUCCUUCAUUCAUCUGGAUGCCAAAUACCCCAAUAUCCUCUAAUAGUAAUGCAAUAUUAUUUCCCCCUUUCCUUCCCUUUUACAUGCCCUGAAGUAAAGACUGAGAUGUGGAAUAAAUGUAGAAUGUAACUCUCUGACCACAGUUGCGUUUAGACGAUUGGUAGGUGUUUCCUUAGCCACUUGCAGAGUAUUUUUCUGUUGUUCUGUUUUUAGUGUAGAUUUAAGCACUUUGAAUAGCAUGAUUCAGGGAUUGAUGGAUACUAUUUGAUAUUCACACUACUUAAAAGAAGUUUUUCUUAUACUGUUUUGUCAUAGUAUUACACAAAUGAAAAACAAACAAACAAACAAAAAAAAACCCAAACCACAAAAGAAAAUCUGAAAUAAAUGGAGAAGCUGUCUAUGGCUUUAGAGACAUUCCUCCUUAGUAUUCCUCCUCUAUGAACAGCUCUGUGUGGGGAACAUUGAAGGAAACUGUUGUGUGUUCACGUGUUCUAUGUUCUGUUGGAACGCAAAAUAAAAUGAAAAAGAAAAAAAAAAAACCAACAAAAAAACACCACACCCAACCAAACCUGUCAUUGCCCUAGUGCUUAGGCUCCGUCCUUUUUUGGUGCAGGUGUUCCAGUUUUUGAUAAUGCAGCCUGAAGUGUGCAUGCAAUAGCCACAUAUAAGGUUUAGCCAUAAGCAUGUAGCACUUUAUUUUAAAAACUCCACAGUGUGAUGAUCAGAAAAACUUACUUUGCCUGGUCAGUAACUUCGGGUCUGUAUGUGGAUUCUAUGCACAUGAAUUACCCAAGUGUGGUGCUUUGUCUUUAUAUGGCUCUCUCUAAUCAGGGUAUUCCUUGAUAUAAAACUAAAGGACACUGUUGCACAACCUGUGGAAAUUCAGUAUAUAGGUUCUCUGGACAGCACAUAUAGCUGGACAGAAAUGGGGAACUGUACAGUAUGCGGUUAAUGAUUCUAAAGGCAAAGUGCAUUGCUGGGUCUGAUUCUGUUCUCAGUUGCAGCAGGAUGAUUUGGGACUAAAUCUAAUAAAGCUGAAUGAGUGUAAGAUUGAUUUGUGCAGGAGAAGAAAAUUGGAAAAACAAACAGAAAAGGAAUUCAUAUUUGCUGUCUGAGACAAGCUGAAAUCUUGGCCAUAAGGAAAGCAGCAGCAAAAUGUCUUCUGAAUUUUAGUAGGAAGCCAGUUCUCACCUGACAGCCAACGUCAAACACUGUCAAUAUGAUCUGGUUCAGAGCUAAAUACUAUUUGGCUUAGAUGCAAACUAAGAAUUUUCUAUUACUGCACAGCUGUGAAAACCACGUGUAUGUUACGUAACAGGUGAUAAUCAGCUUCAAAAUAAUUGGAAAGCUUGUUAUACCCACCUGAUUAAAAUUCACAAAGUUUUACUUGGAUAUUGUGCAUUAAUGACACAUUUAAAUUAUACAUAACACAGUGAGAUUUGGGGAAAACUGACUGGGUAAACAGACUUCCUUCAUUCUUAAAUUGAAAAAAAAUAAAGAAGAAAAUGUCAAGCUAGCAAGCCUAAGAAGAAUUUAAUUAAAAUCCAAAGAAGAAAAAGAAAAAAUAAAUCACAGCAGUAAAGUAAGCUCAAAAUUAGGAUAAAGGCCAAUGGAGAAGAAAGGUCAAAAUACCCACCUGGUUUUUAACUGUAUUGUAGCUAUUUUUGUCAUGCAAAGCUCUGUACUCUAAAUGACCUGCAUCAAGGAACUGGCUUUUUGGGGGCCUGUCCAGAUAGAUCAGCAAGACAAACAGGUCCCUGUAUGUCUAGUACACUUCUGAAUGAUUUUUUACUUGUUGAUAGUUAGUACAGAGAGGUUUUGGUGUGUCGUCUAUUGUGAUACAGAGGAUGGCAGAAAUCUAUCAGCGCUAAAAAAGCUUUCUAUAGCAGGCUGAAUUUAUUAUCUGGAGUAACUAUAUUCCUUUAAUAGCCACCCCUUAUCUGAUUCCCUCUUACUAGAACACAUUUUUAAACCCAUUUCUUAGCUGAGCAAAAUUUUAAUGUGACUGGCAUCAGAAAAAAUGUAAGCAAUUUCAUAAUAAUGAAUUUCCUUGUCUAAUGAAUGUUGCAAGUUUCCUUGCAUUUUUUUCAGUGUAAUCACAACUCUUCACCUACUAAAUAGCCUGCUGAGUGGAAGUUGAACACCAUUGUGUCUUUCCUCUGAGACUCACGGAAUUGUGCAUGGAUAGUGAGCUGUCAUUUGUGAUGUAAUUUUGCUGGGCUAUUUCCCGUUAACUCUGGCUUUAUCCUCUAAGAGCAUGUGUUGGCAGCAUUGCACUUCUCCACCUGGCCUUGGGUUGAUGUUCCAGAACUCCGAGUUGUUGCCCCAGGAACGUUUCAGCUAUUAAGAGUUUUCCUAUGCUUUUUGUUUGUUUAAAUUCUGUUUAAGACAAAGUUUGACCUUUGCUUUGCACUAGUAUGCUCUGUGGGUAGGAGGUCUAGAGUCCACGGAGUUGUAAAGUAGUCAGAGCAGAAAUUACAAAGGCAGGCCUGAUACUUUAUUUGGAAAAGGUAUCCAUUCUGAAGCUGCUCAUAUUAUUAAAAAAUGAGUACAUUGAAACUGAGGGUUGUUGAAGGAAAGUAUUCUGUUUGUUAUUACAAUCAGUCUCAUUCCAAAAGCUUAUCAGCAUUCUUACAUUAAAUAGCCAAUGUCAUAGCUCAUGUAAUUUCAGAAACAUUCAAUAGCCAAUUGAAAUAUUUUUUUGGUUUGGUGGAUUAAGAGUAACAUGAUUCUCUAGGAUAGGGAUAAUCUUGAUCCAAUACUGAGUUUAGAGAAAGUGCAAACAUCUCUUUGCUGGUUACUAGAAUUAGGAAAACAACUUGAAGCAAAAUUUGAGAGCUUAGAAUUUGAUGGAGAUAUUCUUGAUAUUUUUUAGAAAGACAUCUCUCUUAAUCAUCGAGGCACAGCAGAAAGAACACACAAAUUACUCAAAAAAAUAAAAUGGAUGUACUUUUCAACAUUCUAUUUUCUGAUUAGCAAAUAUUUGUUCUUUCUUCCCCCCUCAAAAAUACAAAAUAAUUCAGAAAAAAAUAAUACCUACAGAGCCCAUACUCAAACACAUUUGGUGGCAAGCCGCAGUGAGGGGUUGCACCACAUUCCUGCAACUGAGAAGCUCUACAGGGGGUCAAAAUAUUUUCACCCAUCCAUCUGCCAUUAAGCUGCAGGGUCUGCACACACUUUCAAAAAACAAAAGCAAACAAAGAAAAGCAAAAUAACAAUGCAGUUACUAAACCCUUUUCAAACCUGUUUUUAAGGGCUUCUUUUUUUUUCUGGGAAGGUUGUUUUCUCCUACUGUUUUGUAGGAAAUUAUGUGAAAGAUUGUUUUACAUUUUCCCUUCAUUUUUCACAUGACAGGUAAAUCACAGGGAGAUUUUAUUUAUUUUUUUUAGAAUGUCUAAUUCUACAUUGUGAGUCUAAAACACAAGUGGCAAUGAAUUUACAGACUUAGAAGAAAUUGUUUGCCAGAGCUAAUAUUCUCUGGUGAACAGUUCAGUGUAGCCCUAAUUAAGUUCUUAGGGACAUUUCAGUAGAAAAAUUAAACAAUUAGUAUUACACAUGUAUCUUCAUCCUCACAUUAGAACAUUUGCCUUCUUAAAACCCAGGCAACCUCAAAUAGAACAAUUAUGUGAAUACAAAGCAGAGAGGAAAACAGGGACACAACUGACUCUCCACCUUUCUUAGAAAAAUAGUUCAGUGAUACCAGGCUCCUUCUUUAAGAUCACUAACCUAUGUCUACCUCAGCAAAACACAUGAAUCCACAAAAUGUGCAUAUAUCUGGGGAACAAAUGUUGCAAUAAGCACUCUCAGAUCUUAGUUACAUCACAAAAAGCACUUUAUACAUUUUUAUGCCUGUACAUAGGUAUUUUAACUUAUAAACAUUUAAACUUAGAACAGUACAACAAAAUAAGAUAAGUAUCACUCUCAUAAAAAUUCAAGGAACUCCCCAAAACCUAGGUUUGUUUGCAGGAUGACAUUUUCCAUGUGUUGCAAGAUGACAAACUUGUAUCCAUGCCAUUGCGAAGUGGCACUGUGACACAGAUGCGUAGCCAGAGGUGAUGGGUGGGAGAAGUACAGCGAAGAUGUUUCCUGGCCAUGUCACGAGCAGGUAGGUGGUACAUGACUAGCACUCAUCUAGUCCUGUUGCCACGGGAGAUUACAGACACCCUUUGCCUGUAGGACACUAGAUAAUACCCGAGCUCACCAGGUACUUCCUUGACCUGCUGGAUGCUCCUGUAGCCUAUAUAACCUUGGUAGAGGUAGGAAAUGUCUUUCCUAGAUGACAGAUCUACUUGAAUCAUAGCAAUAUCUCCAGAGUUCCUAUCAUUGUAAAUAAUAAUUAGUGUCAGUAUGGUUCAUCUGCUAUUUUCUCCACUUACCUUUUCACAAUUCUAAACAAAAGACAUUGUGAAUAGGUCUCAGUGGCAUAUAACAAACAGCAUCCCUGUACUUUUGUUUUUACUGUUAGAUAUUUGAAGAGUGAGAAGCAGCAGCAAAACCACUAUCUGCUUGAAAUGACAGUUGCCAAGUUGUUCUUUAGGGAAUAUUGAAGAAAAAUUCCCUGUUCAGUCCUCUUUGGCACCUUACCUGCCAUGCUUCUUUCAAAAUGUUGUCAAAGAACAAUCUAGAGCAUAAGGGGUUGGAGACAGACUGAACUGCACGUUCAUAUGAUUUUCAAGGAUAUUUUCAUCCCUUGUAGCUCCUGGUAUUGUGGUUUGGUUUGGUUUGGUUUGGUUUGGUU